AAGGGGGGACCAAGCGCUCGUUCCUGCGGAAGGGAGAAGGCCUCGGCAGAUUCAACCCGUCCGCUCGGAACCACACGGAACCACACAGAACCAAGAACCGCACGAGGCCCAGAACCAAGCAGAGAGAUCUUCUCAGGCAGAACCACACCGAGCUGACGACCGACUCCACACUCACCAACCCUACAGAAACCAAGGCUGGAGUGCCAACCCGUCCCAACCAGAACCGCACAGAACCACUCAUUGGGCCUAACCGCAAGGCUGAAGCUGUAGCCAGUCGGGUCCAGCGCAAGACCGCUACCCUGCGGGAGCGGCGGAGGGAACACUCGGAGCUGGGCGAGUUUGAGCUUCUGGAGGCGGCGGCGGAGGAGGUGUCACUCAGCUCAUGCUCCUCCUCCUUCCUGCAGGAUGUUGAUGAUGAUGAUGAGAUGACUCCGGUUGCUCCCAGCAGCCACUGCCUGCCUGUAACCCCGCCCCCAUACGACAGCUGCCCCUAUCAGGAACCAGAGGGGGCGGGGCAGGGGGAGGGGCCUGAAGGUUUGAGUGACAUGGUGGAGGUGGAAUUUGACGACGACGACACCUGGGCAGAUACUUCCCAGCAUGCAUUGCAGCCAGAGAGGACUCUGAAAAGGAAAGUGGCCGUAGCGAAAGGGGCGGAGUCAUUUCAAGCUGACGAGGAUCGAGAGGCUCCGCCCACUUCCCAGCUGAUAGCUAAACUGUUCCCUGCUCUGCAGCCAAAGCCACUCCCUCCACGUGUCACUCAAACCAGCCCGCAGCCAAUCAGCAGUCAGGAAAGUGAAGGUGUGUGUGAGGUGAUGCGUGAGCGACUGGUGCAGUUGGAGCUGGAGAUCGAGCGCUUUAGGAUGGAGAGAGCAGACCUUGCACGUCUGAAGACGAGCCUUUACUCUCAGCAGGAGGAGUUAAG